AAAGUCAUGUGACUUGGUGGUGGGGGUUGUUGGUAAUGGGAGUAUGCUGUGCAUUAUAACCAGUUUGUGUCAGUAUUACAUUACUGUUGGACUGGGCAGGAUAUAUACUAUAUUUACUUCACCAUAGUCUAUAAAUAAACCAAUACAAAAUGCCGGGAACUAUUUUUGCUAAUGAUGACUUCGACCCAGUUGGUGUUACAGAAUCUCUUCGAGGGGCUAUGAAAGGAUUUGGCACUGAUGAAGACCAGAUUAUAUCUACUAUAGUUAAUCAUAAUAAUGCUCAAAGACAAGAAAUAUCAACAGCUUUUAAAGCUGCUUAUGGAAAGGAUUUAAUAGAUGAGUUGAAAUCUGAAUUAAGAGGUGAUUUAGAAGAUGUGACAAUUGCCUUGAUGACCCCACCCCGAGUUUAUGAUGCUCGUGAAUUACACAACGCUAUUUCGGGUGCUGGAACAAAUGAGUCUACGUUGAUUGAGAUCAUGUGCACCCGCACAAAUGAUGAGAUAAACGAAAUCAAAGAAAAAUAUAAGGAAGAGUUUGAGAAUGAAUUAGAAGACGAUCUAAAGAGUGAUACGUCUGGUUAUUUUGAACGAUUGAUGGUAUCGUUGUGUGCCGCAGGACGAGAGGAAAAUACGGAUGUUGAUUACGAUAGAGCAAUAACAGACGCUACCGCAUUCCACGAGGCUGGCGCCGGUGCAUGGGGUACGGAGGAAGCGGAAAUGAACGCCAUUUUGUGUUUGAGAAGUCUCCCGCAGUUACGUCAAAUCAUAGUGAAUUAUGAAGAGUUUACGGGGACAACAAUAGAAGAAUCAAUUAAAAAUGAAUGCAGUGGGACAUUACAGAAUGGUUACUUAGCUAUUGUUCAAAGUGCAAAAGAUACUCCGGCUUUCUUUGCUAGAAGAUUAAAAGACUGUUUUGCUGGUUUUGGAACAAAUGACAAUGAUUUGAUUCGUAUUAUCGUUUCUCGUAGUGAGAUUGAUUUAGCAGAUAUUCGUGAUUCGUAUGAAAGUAUUUAUGAAAAACCCCUAUUAGAUGCUAUUGCUGAUGAAUGUAGCGGGGAUUAUAAAAAUAUGUUACAAGCUGUGGUUAAUCCUCAGUGAUCUCUAUUAUUCUUUACAUUCUUUAUUUGUUUAUAAUGUAGACUUUUGUUUAUUUAUAUCUGAGAAUUGUUAUUAUUUGCAUCAUAUUGUUAAAUAAAGUUAUUAUCUAUAUAAGAUAUAUAAUACAUACAGUAUUGAAAUUGUGAUAUGUGCAGCAAUAAAUUCUCUCCGACACUA